UGUUCUAAAUUCUAAUAAGCUAAUUCCGAGUAUAACCUAUUCCCACUAAACCCCAAACCCAACUUCUCUACCUUUCUGCAAACCCUCGACACAUAGCGUUAGAGCCCCCUUCUGUUUUCUCCUUCUCUGGGAGCCUCACAAACGGACGCGGCUGUUCCUCCGACGAACACUUGUGCUCCGCCGCCGGGGAGGUUGAAUUCGACAGCUACUCAAGAAGAAUAACGACGAUGCUAGUCAUCAAUACAGGCUUGAAGACAUGAAGGCAGAAGCCACCCUGCACCCCGCACCCCGCACCCCGCACCCCUUCCGGGGCAUCUGAACUGACAGUCUGAAGUUCAAAGUCCAAACAGCAGGAAUCCUCAAAUCCAGAUGGCUAGAUGGGAUGAGAUUUUGUCCCUCCCUGUACAGAACCCUCCAACACUGGAAUUCUCUUCCUCUGAUAUUGUGUGGUCUAAGGUAGAAGGUUGGCGUGAUAACAUAGACAGAGUUGCUCUAAUUCCAUAUGCCAGAGUAGAUGACUUUGUUCGGGGUGAAUCUGCUAAUAAAGAAUGUCCAACAAAAUUCCAUGUUGAAGCUAGGAGAAGGAGGACUGCAGAAACAUCUUACAAGCCUAAAGUUGAUGGGAUCCUUGAGUAUAUACUGUACUGGUGCUCCUUUGGACCGGAUGACCAUAGGAAAGGAGGUGUUGUUCGACCAAGCAGAACCACAUAUGUCCCUAAGAAAAAAUCUGCUGGUCGUCCAAAUACAAAGAGAGGGUGCACAUGCCACUUUAUUGUUAAGCGUUUGAUUGCCGAGCCAUCAGUAGCACUUAUCAUAUAUAACCAAGAUAAACAUGUGGAUAAGAAAGGGUUGCCAUGCCAUGGUCCACAGGACAAGAAAGCUGCUGGAACGCGUGCUAUGUAUGCUCCAUAUAUUUCAGAGGAUCUCCGCCUCCGUGUAUUAUCUCUACUUUAUGUUGGAGUCUCUGUGGAAACCAUCAUGCAGAGACAUAAUGAAUCAGUGGAGAGACAGGGAGGUCCAUGCAACCGAGAUGACCUUCUAACCCACAGGUAUGUUAGGAGACAAGAGAGGAGCAUACGGAGAUCUACCUAUGAACUGGAUGCAGAUGAUGCGAUAAGCAUUAGCCUGUGGGUUGAAAGCCACCAGAAUCACAUCUUCUUUUACAAGGAUUUCUCCGAUUCUGACCCUUUUGUGAUUGGCAUUCAAACAGAAUGGCAGUUGCAACAAAUGAUUCGGUUUGGGAACCGUGGCCUUCUGGCAUCUGAUGCAAAAUUUGGAACAAAUAAACUAAAGUAUCCAAUUCACAGUCUUGUUGUAUUCAACUCAGACAACAAGGCUAUCCCAGUAGCAUGGAUAAUUGCACCUAGAUUUGCAAGUGAAGACACAGUUAGAUGGAUGAGAGCUCUUUAUAAUAGGGUUCAGACCAAAGAUCCUACAUGGAAGUUGGCCGGAUUCAUUGUGGAUGAUCCUUUGACUGACAUCCCCGCUAUAAGGGAAGUGUUCCAGUGCUCUGUGCUAAUAAGCUUUUGGCGGGUACGUCAUGCAUGGCACAAAAAUUUGAUGAAGAGAUGCUCAGAAAUGGAGGUGCGUGCCACAAUAGCCAAAAGGCUUGGUGAGAUGAUACAUAGCAUUUGCAAAGGGUCUGCACCUGCAAAUAUGUUUGAAGUUUUCAUGGAAGAUUUUGUGGAUGCUGUUGAGUUUGUGGACUACUUCAAGGCAACUUGGUAUCCAAGACUAGGGCUUUGGAGUAGUGCACUGAGAGACCUUCCUCUUGCCAGCCAGGAGACUUGUGCAGCGUUGGAGUUUUACCAUAACCAAUUGAAGCUCAGACUGUUGAAUGAAAGGGACUUGAGUGUAUAUGAACGUGCCGAUUGGCUUGUAGACAAGCUAGGUACUACAGUGCAUUCUUAUUUCUGGCUUGAUGAGUAUUCUGGGAAGGAUGAUUUUGCUCGAUAUUGGAAAGACGAAUGGAUUAGUGGGUUGACAGCUUGGCGAAAAUCGUUGCAGAUUCCAGAUGGUGAUGUUACUAUUGAUGGUGAAUUCGCAAAAAUUGUUGAUCAGGGAGAUAAAAAUAUUGUCCAUGUUAUAUGGAACCCAAGUUCAGAAUUUGCACUUUGUGAUUGUAAUUCUGCGAAUAUGGGCAACUUAUGUGAGCAUGUUUUUAAAAGUAUUAAAUAUCUUCGUGACAGAGGGUCUGGUACAUCAUCCGUUAGUAUGUUUCAGUAUAAGCAGGCUUUGAUUAAAAUGCUGCACUGCCCACCUUAUGACUCUUUGAUUCGUGAUCACGCACUUUCUUUAGCUGUAUGGGUGCAGAUGCAGUUGAAUGCACAAAUUGGCCAAGAAAGUGUUCAAGUUGAGGAACAAGUUGUAAGACCAACUACUACAUAUGACGGCCAAUGUGGAGAUACAGUAAAUGGAAGCAAAGGUAAUAGUACGUCGUCCUGUAAUGGGAGUGGCGCUAAUAAGCUUCACCAUUCAGGUUUUACCAAAAAUAAGUUGUGUCAUUCUGUUGAUCACAUAGUUGCUAGAAAUGGCAUUUGUGCCAACAGCAGUCAUAAUAUUGCUGUGGAUAUUCCUUGUCUUGAAAUAGGGGCCAGCCCAUAUUCCAUGUGCCGAACAGAGUCUCAGUUGUUUUCUAUUGAUGAGGUUACAUCAACUGAUAUGCUUGCAGAAAAUGGGAGGGUUUUGAUUGAUACUGGGCCAGAUAUAACAGAAAAUCUCCCUUGUACUGAUAUGUCAUUCUCCAAUCUAAAUGAUUUUGAUAAUGUCUUGAACAAAAAUGAUUCUACAGCAAAGAUGGAUGCAGAGUCACAAUCUCUUUAUAUUGCAUUGUCAACUGCCAAGUCUCUAAAUCAAAACUCAGGGAGCCAGCAGAAUGGUGUGUGUGGCAACAGGACAGACACAUGGGUAGGACCUUGCAUAGUAAGUGUUGGAGGCAAGACUGAUAAGGAUUCUUCAGCAACAUCUGAGCCUGUAGAUUCUUGUCUUGUUGAUGUGAGUGAGUCCUCUAAUUUUAUUGAAGAGGGUGUAAGAGAAGGCCCAGAAAAUCGUAGUGCAGGCAAGAACAACAGCUUCAUAUUCAUGGAUGACAUGAAUGUUGAUCCCAUGCCCAUUAACGCUUCUGAACCAGUAGGUGAAUCAGUCGAACCAGAGCUGGUGGAUAUUGCUAAAGCCUCAACAGGAGCUGAAAGAAAUGGAAAUUCAGAUUCAACAAUUGAGAAGGCAAAUGAAUCACACUCCACAAAUGAGGCCACCGUAGAAAUCCAAAAUAAUGCCCAUCAGAAAUCUUCUGUCCCUGGAGAAGUAUUGAUAGCCAGUGCAAUUGAUGCAAGUCCACAAUUUGCAAGCAAGUCCUCACUGGAGCCAGUAAGUAAUACUGAACGCAAGCCCUCAAGGGAGAUUGUAACCUAUAAACGUAGAAAGUUACUAUACCCAGCUUCUUCAAGUAAUACUAGUACUCUUAAAUGUGGCAAUCACGAUUCUAAAGAUAAUUGCAACAGUAAUUAAGGUCCUUUAGUACUGGCAGUGCUUUUUGUCCUCAACUCUACCGAGGAAGGGAUCUAGGGAUUGCACAAGUGCUGUUGAUUUUGCAACUGGUGAGUUAUAUCAUUGUCAUUGCCAUUAUUGGGUCUUCAUUUUUCAUUCUUCCAAUUAUAGUGUGUAUAUAUCAGUAGCUAGAUGUCAUUGACAUUGUUACUCUCUCUUGAUAACUUAUGUAAAUUUUUUUAUAAUAUAACUUGUUUUUUUCUUAAUC